GGACGUAUCCCACAGUUCCAUAUUCAUAAACAAAAAUGUAAACAUAAAGGAGAAGACAGGCCGGGAUGACAAUAAAGAAACAAAAAAAAUGCAUUUUAUAACGGGCGAAAUAUACCAUAACAAGCAACGUGGAAUCUCUGCUUGAGUUGACCCCAUGGACCUGGAAACAUCUGAACACGUCCCUGAAAGUGGAUUCCCCCGUCACUGUGGAUGUAUCACUCACCUCUCACUACAGACUGACCGGGAAACGCCUCUCAGACUACAAAAACAAAGAGACUGUGCAUCCAUUCUAAAAACAAUACCCAACACAAAAGGAAGAGACGGUGUGUACACGAUAUACCCGGAUAUGAAGACCAAGAAGUUGGUGUACUGUGACAUGACCACGGACGGCGGAGGGUGGACAGUAAUUCAAAGACGUAUGGAUGGGUCUGUGAAUUUUUAUCGAUCUUGGCAGACCUACAAGGACGGAUUUGGAAAACCACAAGGAGAAUAUUGGCUAGGAAAUGAAGAUAUUCACUUGCUCACAUCAAAAACUAAGCAAGAGUUACGAGUUGACCUACAAAAGUUUUCGGGUGAAAAGGCUUACGCCAAAUAUUCCAGGUUUACUGUGGGAAGUGAGUCUGAAAAAUACAAGUUAUCUGUCGGGGGAUACAGCGGAACGUCGGGUGAUAGUCUCGCAUAUCAUAACGGUAUGCAGUUUUCUACAAGAGACCAAGACAAUGACACAUCUAAGGAACAAUGUAGCGUGGUACGUCAAGGAGGAUGGUGGUUUAAGGCAUGCAGCGUGGAGUCUCUGCUUGAGUUGACCCCAUGGACCUGGAAACACCUGAACACGUCCUUCAAAGUGGAUUCCCCCGUCACUGUGGAUGUGUCCCUCACCUCUCACUACAGACUGACCGGGAAACACCUCAACAAGAUUCUCAGACUAAAAAAACAAAAAGAUUGUGCCUCCAUUUUAAAAACGAAACCCAACACAAAAGGAAGAAACGGUAUGUACACGAUAUACCCGGAUAUGAAGACCAGGAAGUUGGUGUACUGUGACAUGACCACGGACGGCGGGGAAUGGACCGUAAUUCAAAGACGAAUAGAUGGUUCUGUGGAUUUUUAUCGAUCUUGGCAAACAUAUAAAAACGGAUUUGGAAAACCACAAGGAGAAUAUUGGCUAGGAAAUGAAAAUAUUCACUUUCUCACAGAAAGAACUAGCCAAGAGUUACGCGUGGACUUGCAAAAGUUUUCAGGUGAAAAGGCUUACGCCAAGUAUUCCACGUUUACCGUUGGGAGUGAGUCUCAGAAAUACAAGUUAACUGUGGGGGGAUACAGCGGAACGGCGGGGGAUAGUCUCGAAUACCAGAAUGGGAUGAACUUUUCUACCAGAGACCAAGACAAUGACAAUGCAAAAAAGGACUGUGCCGCGGAAUAUCAAGGAGGAUGGUGGUUUAACAUUUGCUACCAUGCUUUUCUCAAUGGACCUUAUCAAAAAUCAGCUAAACACACUACACUUAGUAUAAAUUGGUAUGCAUUGGGAAAUGAACACCGUGCUUUAAAGAGAGCAUCGAUGAUGAUCAGAUCCAAAAUUUAAAGUUGUUGUUCACGCAAUAAU